CCUCAGGGCCUGGGGAAAUGGGUGGUAAAGGGUUGUGUAGGAGCCUAGAGCCUGUUUCUGGUGUUACUAUGCAUCUGGUCCCCACCCUAGGGGACGCACUGCCCCUCACUCACUCUCUGGGUCGCGCCCGCCUGCUGGGAUCCCCUGCUUCAGCUGCCUCUUGUUCAGCUCUAGUUGGGAGCAGAAUGUCCCCGUGGGCCCCUAUGGGUGAAGCCCUGUUGGGCUAGGAAGAAAUGAAGAGAUGGGACAGCCCCCAGGGGAGGACCAGAGAGGGCAGAUGGGAGAGAGGAGAAGACACCCUGUAACACGGCGAAACUGUCAAAAAGUCUUUCAGAAACACUCUUUAACAUGUAAACUUUAUACAGGGACAUGCAAAAGUCUCUGUGACACCUCACUGAGUGAGAAAAAGGAAAAAAAAAUCAUGAAAUGAUGUGUUUGUGUGCAUGCAAAAGACAGAGACACAGUGGUGUGACAUCUGGAAGUGAGUCCACCACAGUGUUGGUCCUGUCUUGCCUUCCAGGGGUAGUAUUCCGGGUCAUUUACAGAACUGUGCUUUUGCUUUUCUGUUCUGCUUGCUUAGAGUGUGUGUGCGCUUGUUUUUUUCCGUGUGUACCUGCAUGUGUGUGAAGCCUAAGAUUUCCAUAAGACUCACCUUCUGAUUUUUAAAAUUUUGUUUUAUCUUCACACACAGGAAAACUCCCAAAGGUGCUAUUUUCAUUCUGGGGGGAGGGGAAAGGAUGCUCCUCAUCACAAAAGCACGAUUGCAUCACUCAGCAGAGAAGGAAGAUGGAGGCCCCUGUCCUCCCUGCCCGCCAGUUCCAGGUCUUUCUCGAAGCAGUCUUUCACCCGGCUGCUGUAAGCUAAGUGCCAAGUGUGGCACGCUAGCAACUAGGUGUAAGGCUCACGGCUCGCCUGAGAAGUAGAUGCAUUUGUCUCCCCAGUUCCCUCCAAAGCUCCAUAGCUGACCCUCCAAGCCAGGGAAGCGAGUUGCUCUGGACAUCUAGACCUGAGUCACCGGCAAAGCCAGGCCCAGAGUGCUGUCCAUGCCUGCGGCAGCCCAAUACCACAUACAGGGCCUGAGUGCUCAGCCCUGUGCCAGAGCUGGCAUGGUGGCUGCAGCUCGGCCCAGGCCAGGGCUCUACCACCCCAGCCUUGGGUGGGGGGUCCUGAGGACAGGCUGCUGCGAUCCCCUUUAAGGAGCCUGCUGCCCACCCAGUUCUGGUCCACUCAAAGACUGAAAGUGCCAGAUAUUCAGACAUGGCCCAGCGGGCCUCUGGCCUGGAAAAAAAGGGCCAAGCUCUGUGCAGCCACGCAGCACAAGGCUGGAGCACACAGUAGGCCCCAGUGAAUAUCCAUGCCUGCUCGUGCUGCAGCAAUGCCCAGCUGGUGCCAUCUGGGCCGUCGUCACCCAAGGUUUCCUGUAGGACAGGGCCUUGGAGCUGAGCCCUCAGAGAUGAGUGGGACUUCCCCAGGGUGCCAGGGACAGCGACGGGGCCGGGGCUUGAGGCGGCACGGCUGAGUUUCCCAGAAGGCAUGCUCUUGGAGCACGAAGGACGCAGGGCACAGAGGCCCAGGGACCGCUUAUCUCCACCGCGCGGCUUGGGGGGCGCACUCCUCGACGACCGCGGCGGCCCAGACUUCGCCGGGUAUUGGCCAGGAGACAGCGGGCGGGGCGGGGCGAGGCCGUGGAGGCGGGUGGGGACCCGGAGAGCUUCAUAAAGCGUCGGCGGAGGUCGGCGGGGCGCUAGUGACAGCGGCCCGCGGGAGAGGGAGCCCAGGAGCCGCGCGCCUGCCGGACGCGGACGCGGGCGCGGGAGCGAGGCGCCCCAGCCCAGGCCGGGGGCGGUGCCCCCUCAGGCCCCGCCCCGGCGCCCCCAAGUCCUCUCGCCCCCUCCUCCCGCGCGGAGAGGACCGGUCCCCGACGGCGGAGCGGAGCGAGGCAGGCGCCCAGCGCGCCCCGGAUGGGCGUCGUGGGGCCGGGCUGCCGAGAGAUGCUGACAGGCACCGAGCCGAUGCCGACGGGCGACGAGGGCCGCGCUCCAGGCGACUCUCAGCCGCGCUACUUCUACCCGGACUCGGGCGCGCCCGACGCGGGGGACCGUCGCGGAGCCGGCGGCCUCGGGGCGCCCUACGCUGGGGGCGCCCUGGUGUCCGCGCCCCCAGGCCGCUUCCUCGGCGCUUACGCGUACCCGCCCCGGGCCCCGGCCGCCGGCUUCCCGGGGGCGCCCGAGCCCUUCCCGCCGCCCGCGGGCGCCGACGGCUUCCAGCCCCCUGCGGACGGCGCCUACGCGGCCCCCGACCCGCGCGCCGGGCUCUAUCCCGGGCCGCGCGACGACUUCGCGCUGCCCGCCGGGCUCGAGGUGUCCGGGAAACUGCGAGUCGCGCUCAACAACCACCUGCUGUGGUCCAAGUUCAGCCAGCACCAGACGGAGAUGAUCAUCACCAAGCAGGGCCGGCGGAUGUUCCCAUUCCUGUCUUUCACCGUGGCCGGGCUGGAGCCCACCAGCCACUACAGGAUGUUCGUGGACGUGGUCCUGGUGGACCAGCACCACUGGCGGUACCAGAGCGGCAAGUGGGUGCAGUGCGGCAAGGCUGAGGGCAGCAUGCCAGGGAACCGCCUCUACGUGCAUCCAGACUCCCCCAACACCGGCGCCCACUGGAUGCGGCAGGAAGUCUCCUUCGGGAAACUGAAGCUCACCAAUAACAAGGGCGCCUCCAACAACGUGACCCAGAUGAUUGUGCUGCAGUCCCUACAUAAGUACCAGCCCCGGCUGCACAUCGUGGAGGUGAACGACGGGGAGCCCGAGGCCGCCUGUUCUGCAUCCAACACGCACAUCUUCACCUUCCAGGAGACGCAAUUCAUCGCCGUCACCGCCUACCAGAACGCGGAGAUCACGCAGCUGAAAAUUGAUAACAACCCCUUUGCCAAAGGAUUCCGGGAGAACUUCGAGUCCAUGUACACGUCUGUUGACACCAACGUCCCUUCUCCACCUGGACCCAACUGUCAACUCCUCGGGGGAGACCCCUACUCUCCUCUCCUCCCCAACCAGUACCCCGUUCCCGGCCGCUUCUACCCCGACCUGGCUGGCCAGGCCAAGGAUGUGGUUUCGCAGCCCUACUGGCUGGGUGCUCCCCGGGACCACGGCUACGACUCGGACUUCCGAGGGGUUGGCGUGAAGCCUGCCUUCCUGCCCCCCGCGCCUGGGCCCACCAUGCCCUACUACUGCGGCCAGGAGGUCCUGGCCCCCGGGGCCGGGUGGCCCGUGACCCCCCAGUACUCCCCCAAGAUGGGCCCAGCCAGCUGGUUUCGCCCCAUGCGGACUCUGCCCAUGGAACCGGGACCUGGGGCACCCGAGGGCCGGGGGCCGGACCAGCAGGGCUCCCCGUCCCUGUGGACUGAGGUCACCGCUCUCCGGCCAGAGCCCGGUGGCUCAGGACUGGGUGAAGGAGACUCUAAGAGGAGACGGGUGUCCCCCUACCCUUCCAGCGGUGACAGCUCGUCCCCUGCAGGGGCCCCCUCUCCUUUUGAGAAGGAGGCCGAAGGCCAGUUUUAUAACUAUUUUCCCAAUUGAGUGGAGGGUGCAGGGCCACGAAUGGGACAGAUCCAGUGCCAUCAGAUGAGAGGCUACCGUCUCACCUGGGAGACAGACCCCAUGGAGAAGCCCCCUCCUUCUGUUGCCUUUCCUUUGGUGAUUGGUUGGGGCCCAGGGAGGCCAAGAAGGAUUCUGGGGUUCCUCGCUGCAUCCUGGAGUAUCUGUCCCCAGGUCCUUCCCCUGCCCGAACUGUAGCCCCAUGCCCCAUGGGGGACAAGAAAUGAUGCCAGGAGGCCUGGGACCUGGGGAGCUGGGGAGGGGCUGGGACCCGGCCACCAGCUCUCCUCCUCCGUGAGGUGAUGCAAGUUCUGUUGUCAUGUGUUAGUCUGAGCUGAAGGGAAGGACACAUGGACUCUGGAACAGUCAGCCAGCCUGGGCCGGGGACUCAGCUCAAUGGAACAGUGCCUACCUUGCAAACCUGAGGUUGUGAGUUCGAAUCCCAGUGCCAGAAAAACCCAGAAUCUGAUAAAACAACCAGCCGGCCAGCCUCAGGGAGGGGCACGGGACUACAGGGAGCUGGCCGGGCCCCUACCUUGGGAGACAAGCCUGGAUACAGAGGAAGCAUCUGGGCCAGCCAGGGCUUGUUGGUUGUUCAUGCGUGUUUCUUUCUCUGUAUUUUUCUGAAUGGGGGAGGCUAUUUAUUGUGCGGAGAGUGGUAGCUGGGGACCUUUCCUCUGUCCCCAUCACUUUCUGGAAAUAAACAUCAAGCUGUCAAGUG